CAGUGUCCAGUAGCAGCCAGCAUGAGCAUAGCCCGCCGUCGUGACCUGAAAACACAUCCCUUCCAGGGCUCGGCGCAGGGAUACCCACUAUGAGGCGGAGGUGGCAGCUGGUGCUGCGUCAAGGGGAGUAGUGCGGCUGCGUGUGAGUGCGCCGCUGGCAGACCUGAGCCUCCAUAUUAACGAGUCCCCUGACCCCGAACACCAGAAUAUAUUGCUGCCAUGCCGGGCAUGAUGGAUAAGGCAACCGAUAUCUUAGGAAAGAACCGUUCUAACGGUACCAAGAGCCCGUCCAGCGCUUCCAAUGGACACUACUCGGAGGAGAGCGGCAGCGACGACGAGCACGGUGAUGUAGGUAUGCGGGUGGGAGCCGACUUCCAGGCGAGGAUCCCAGAGAAUGAACCUGGUACUACCAAAUAUACUGAUAAAGACAAUGGAGGGAUGCUGGUUUGGUCCCCUCAUCAUAAUAUACCAGAUCUGAAAUUGGAUGAAUAUAUUGCAAUAGCAAAGGAAAAGCAUGGCUACAACGUAGAACAGGCUCUUGGCAUGUUAUUCUGGCACAAACACAAUAUUGAGAAGUCUCUUGCGGAUUUGCCCAAUUUUACUCCUUUCCCUGAUGAGUGGACUGUGGAAGAUAAAGUUCUUUUUGAACAAGCGUUCAGUUUCCAUGGAAAAAGUUUUCAUAGAAUUCAACAAAUGCUUCCAGAUAAGACCAUUGCAAGCCUUGUAAAAUAUUACUACUCUUGGAAAAAAACUAGAUCUCGGACAAGUUUGAUGGAUCGUCAGGCUAGAAAGCUAGCAGCUAAAAAUAAUCCAGGAGAAAGUCCGUCAGUAGCUUGCAGUCUUCAAUCUAUGUGUGUAUCAAAAGGAGCGGACUGCUAUAAAGGUGAUGAUGAUAUGGAUGAAACAAAUCCAAAGGAUGGGAAUGAUAGUGAUUAUGAUCCUAAAAAAGAGUCCAAAAAAGAGGCAGAAUCCUGUAUUCAACCUAUCAAGGUUGCUCUAGGUAGAAGAGAAUACCAAAGUUUACAACAUCGCCACCAUUCUCAGCGCGCUAAAUGUCGUCCACCAAAAGGCAUGUUUAUUUCCAAAGAAGAUGUUGUAGCAGUGUCUUGUAGUCCUAACGCAGCCAACACCAUUCUACGACAAUUGGACAUGGAGCUGAUCUCAUUAAAGCGUCAGGUUCAGAAUGCUAAACAGGUUAACAGUGCACUUAAACAGAAGCUAGAAGGCGGCAUAGAAGAAUUCAAACCACCUGAGUCAAAUCAAAAAGUAAACGCCCGCUGGACUACAGAGGAACAGCUUCUUGCAGUGCAAGGUGUCCGCAAGUAUGGUAAAGAUUUUCAAGCUAUUGCAGAUGUAAUUGGCAACAAGACUGUUGGUCAAGUGAAGAACUUCUUUGUAAACUACAGGCGUCGGUUUAACUUAGAGGAGGUAUUGCAGGAAUGGGAAGCAGAACAAGGAACCCAGUCCUCUAAUGGUGAUGCUUCUACCUUAGGGGAUGACACAAAAAACACUUCUCAUGUGCCAUCAGGAAAAAGCACUGAUGAAGAAGAUGAGGCACAGACCAGUCAGACAGCUCCUCCCACAGGCCAGUCUCCUCCCACGCAGUCUUCCACUCCAGCAGCAGGAAGUUCAUCAACAGCAUUAAAUCAGCCUCCACCACUGCUUCGCCCAACACUUCCAGCAGCUCCAGCUCUCCACCGACAGCCCCCUCCUCUUCAGCAACAAGCUCGGUUUGUUCAGCCGAGGCCCACACUGAACCAGCCUCCACCACCACUCAUUCGCCCGGCUAACUCCAUUCCACCUCGUCUAAACCCAAGGCCUGUUGUGACCACAAGUACUGGUCAACAACCACCAUCCCUUAUUGGGUUCCAGACAGAAUCACAAACAGCAAUGCACUGAAGAGCAAAACCAAACAUAUUAUCAGAAUUAAUCAAAUUUUCUUAAUAAAUAUUUGGGAGAUAAGACAGUUGGUGUUAUUAACCCGAUUGCAAGUAAACCUCUUAAUCUUACAAGCCAUGGGCAAUCAGUGUUCCAGAAUUUAUAUUAUAGGUGUGUCAUAUUCUAAAUUUCCUUGAAAAUAGCAGCCACAUAUACAGAGUUCUCAAAAAGUAAAUGUUUUGUACACCAAAGUACUAUUCUGCUGUAUUUGCUGUUAACUGCAAAUACAUUAACAUAUUUACUACAUAGCAAAACUUGAUAAAUCUCUGACAGAUGCAAACUAAAUAAUACCGGUUCUGAAGUACAUUACUGUAGCAUUACCGUAAAACACCCCUAAUUACUCCCCUGGUGAAAAAUGAUAUAACUAGAGGAAUGCCUGAUAAUAUCAUGUAUGUUAACUAGUAAUGCCUGAUAAUAUCAUGCAGGUUACCUAGUAAUGCCUGAUAUCAUGUAGGUGAACUAAUAAUGCCUGAUAAUAUCAUGUAUGUUAACUAGUAAUGCCUGCUAAUAUCAUGUAGGUUAACUAGUAAUGCCUGAUAAUAUCAUGUAGGUAUUAAAAUUCAAUUGUUACCCAAUUCAGUGCUACCCUCUUCUCUGUCAAUCAUCUUUGCAAGACCUUUUAAUAGUAUACAGAAAGCUGAUUAUACUAUUUACCCACCUCAGCCUCUGCUCAGCUGGUUUGAAGAAUUGUUUUGUUUUGGGAUUUGUUCUUUUUAGAUCAGUGCUGAGAAUUGGUAAAAAGUUGAUGGUUUUAGACAUGAGACAUUAGAGACUGAAAUGACCAGCAAAGAGUAACUGUAGGAGAUGUAAAUGAUGCCCAGUGCGAUUUAAUAGAUUAUGUAACUUUAUAUACACAUACAAAUAUAUUUUAUAUACGCGUGUGUGUAUGUAAAAAUAAAACAUUUGCUCAUAGUGCAUAUUAAAAAAUAUUAAUGUUGUUUUGUAUACCUCCUAAAAACCAUGGAAAGAAAAAAAAAAGAGGUUUAUGCAAGUGUAAUAUAUCUUUUUACCUGUGAUGUCAUUAAAUGUUUUUCUUCUCUCCUGCCAUGUAUAUACAAAUCAAUUGUACAUACUGUAUAUGUCAUGUAAAGUUGUCAUCGACUUGAUGAUUAAAUAGGAUGAUUAGUCCUGUCAACUUAACAGAUUUAAACCCACAUUUGGAAAACACAAAACCAUGCUCAUGUGGGCACAACACAUUGCUGUGUAUGCAUUUGUUAGGGUGGAGCAUUGAUUUAGUGUGUUCUAGAUAUAUUAUGGUGAAGUAUAUCUUUGCUGGUGGAGCAUUUAAUACGUCACUACCAAAGGUUCCAUACUACUAGCAGUAUCUCUACAUUAACCUAAAUGCAUUGAACAACAAAAUCGUAUUUACUUCUUUCUGCAAAGGGUUGAUCUCUUAAUAAUUUAUUUAUUGUGUUAUUUAUCUCAAAGGGGCUAGACUUGUUUUUAAGAUUUAGUUUGUGUAGAUCACAAUGAUCUGUUUUAGACAUUUUAGUUUUUGAAAAGUGCUCUUACAACCUCUGACUGCAGAGUUAAAAUUUUUGUUCAUAAAAAAACAAAAACAGGUAAGUGGGCAAUUGUUUAGGUGCGUAAAAUGAUUACUGCAGAUUGUUUGCUGAUAGUUGGCAUAUGGCUGUAGUUGAACUGUUGCAAAUUUACAGGCUGUUUGGAAAAUAUUUGGGUUUCCUUUUUUUGAUAAAUUUUUUUCAGCGAUACCAAUUAAACAUGUAUUUAGGAUAAUGUCCUUUUUUAAUUGUCUUUUUAUAACGUUGUUUUUUGCUUUUAUAUAUAUAUAUAUAUAUAUAUAUAUAUAUAUACACACCGCUAAAUAUCUAGUAAUAUAGUUACAAUGCAUUUUGAUUACAUUUUCUUACCUCUUUCUUCUUAUUUAGUCACAGCAUGGGGUGCUGGAAAGAAUACUUUGCACAGCAUUAAGGAAAAGUAUUUUUUAAAUAUUUUUCAGAGUCUAUUUAGAAUUUAUGACCAUCUUAAAUAUUUUCUGCUUUAGCCUUAAAUAAAAUUUAAAAAAAACAUUCAAUUUUAAGUUGAAGCAAUGAGUAAAAAAAAAAAAACUAAAGUGAUAAUUCAACAACAUAUAAUAAUAAUAAUAAUAUAAAGAAAUGUAUUUAGUUUAUCAUUUAAAAUUGUGUUACUUCACCCCCCCCCCCCCCAUACCUGUUAUCUUACAAGGCCAAUAUUUUAUGGAGUUAUAUCCUAGGUAUUUUAUUGUUAAAAAAAAAAUAUAUAGAAAAAAGUUUACUGUGAUAUGCAAAUAAAAUUUACAAAAUACGUUUGAUGUACCAAAUGUAUUUUAUCUAUUGCAGGCUGUUGUGAAGAGCUCCUUGGAAACAGAUUCACUACAAAAGUUAAAAUAAGUACAAAAAUAAAUAAAAAAUAAAACAAGAACAGUUAGAAUUAUGAGUUGUAUGUUUAAGUUUAUUUCGAAUGCAUGGGGAAAGGUCAAUGCUUGUCUAAAUAUAAUGCCUUAUGAAGGAUGUACUCAACAGUUGCAUCUCCUGUAAACUUAGAUAAACUGUGUGAUCAGUGUUAAUGCUUCAAUCCAUUACCUGCUAGAGAGGUCUGCAACACAUUUCUGUAAAAUACGUUUUAGACCUCUAGCAGUUAAAGGGAUACUGUAAUGUAAAAUGUGUUUCAGCGUGUUCCAAGUGACUUGUUAUACCUGCUGUGGAGUAUUAAAUGUAUAUGAGAUAGUUCCAGCAUGGUUUUUUAUUUGAAAUAGCUGGUCUUGAUUGUUGAAAAUAUUAUCUAUUGUUCACAAAGACAUGCCCCGGUUUAGGCAGGCUGAGCUUUCAGAAAGAGCAGAUUCGCUCUUGCUAUCAGUCAAGGCCUUAUAGGUAUUAAAAUUAUAAUAAUGGCUUAGGAGGUUCAAUAAUCAAAACCAGUUAUUUCAGAUACGAGAAGUUUAUUAAUGCUAUUGUCUCCUGUUCACAUGGCUUGUCUACAGAGAAUAUAGCAGUAUUCCUAUUUCCAGUAUAGGUGGUGAUUUCAACAGGCAAAAGCAGCUGUUUCAAAUGACAAAAUAAAAGCAAAAGGAGCUGUUUCAAAUGAAAAAGUAAGGUAAAUGAGCUGUUCACAAACAAUUUAAUACAUUCCAGCAAGACAAAUGAAUCAUUGGAAACACAUUAAAGGAGGUAAAAUUUUACUGUACGUCUCUUUAAGUGAAUGUUUUGAUGAGUCUUUUAUCAUUUUGCUACAAAAUAUAAUUGAAAUAGUAAAUCAUUGCAUUACAAUGCAAAGAGCAGUAUAAAUAAAUGUCUAGUAUGUGAUAAACUAUGUAAUUUGUGUGUUUCAUUUAACAUGUAAUGGUGCUGUAGUUUGAGAGUUUUCAUAAAUUAAUAAUACAAUCCAUAAAAUAAAAAUUAUGUGUGUUGCAAGCAGUAUUCUUACAAGAAUUGCUUCCUUUUUCUGUAUUUUAUCUUCAUUUAAAUAUGUUACCUAAUUUUUAGUAAGGGAUUACUCUGUGAAAUGUCAAUUUUCUUGAUACUUUGAUCAUAAGAUCAACAUUUUAAAUAAGCACUUGUGUAUUGUAUGUAAGUUCUCAGUCCUUUAAAGCUAUUUGAAUAGUAAAUUGUUUGUGUUGUCUUUUUUUUUUUUUAAAUAACUGUUUAGUCCAUGUAAACUUUAAAUACAUAUUUCUAUGCUAUGUAAAUCAUUGGUAUAAUUUGUAUGUGUAGUCCUCAUAUAAUUGUAAUAAACCACAUGUGUCCUUGGAA